GCCCUGCUGAUUGUGUGGUACGCUACGGACGAGUGAUCGAUGUGACUGACAUCGGGUUCUAUGUGGAUUUGUUGUCUACCGAGGGACGCCGAUUCUUCCCCUUCGGCAGCAACGCCUUCCGUCCGCCCACUGCCCCGAACCGUGAGUGGGGAGGUCUAGCCAACGAGUAUGCUAAACCGGACCUGACCAUCCUCGUGGAAGUGCUGAUGCGCGAAACGCCUAGCGGCCCAUGGAGAUGGUAUCCUGCUGAAAUGGUUAAUCUGGCUCGCGGUGCACAGUACGAAUCGUACAACGUGGCUAUUGUGCACUGGGGUGCGACGGUGGCGCGUACGGAUAUCGUCCUCGGCGAGCCAAUCCGCCGCAGAGACCCGAGCCAUUGGGGGACAGCCGCAGCAGGCAAACGCAUUGAGAAGGAAACAUUUGCUAAAGCUGGCAUGCCAUUACCUAAGGCUUACUGCUCGCUGUCGGCAAAAGAAUUGCGCCGAUUGAUGCCGAGUUACCGGUUGGAUUGUGCUGGAUGGUGGAUGUGGUCGUUUGCCUUCGUGGAUAUUGUGGACGAUCAUUUAUGGUACAUCGAGCGUCCUCGGACAGAACGCGCAGCCGGCGGAAAUUUUUUGGAUGAACUUUUGGAUUUUUCACCAGCGGCGCUUCACAGCAUAUUGUUUGACCAUUUUGCACGCACCUUUCGACUGCCAAAGCCAACGACCGUAGAAUUGGAAAACCAGGAAUCACAUGAUGUUUCGACUGUGUUGUCUGGGGAAUUAUGGUUGGAGGUCUUCUCUCAGUUAGGUACCUUGCCACGAACUUUACUGCGGACUGUGUGCCAGAUGUUUGCCUGCUUACUGGACUCCCCCACUUUGAGUGCAGAUAUCUUUAUCACGACCGCUGACUGCGACCAAAUGGAAAAUUAUGACCGACGGGAUUAUUUUGUUGUGGCACCAAUUUAUCAGUGUCUGAGCUCGUCGACAAAGCGUAUCAUCGUGGCGGAUCGAAAGACGCUGCUGAGUGAUAGCGAUAUUUGGAAGGUGCUGGAUAUGAUCCACUACGUGGCAGAGCGCAGACCACAACUGCGACGGCUAGCACUGUAUUUUUUCGGAUUCCGCUGCAGCUUCGAACUCGGUUUGACUUGCGAUUCUAGGAUGGAGCACGGCAACUGCGUGCUGCAUGGGCCUAAACCACUGCAGCAAAAUUUCAACGGCAUACCAGAAGCUUCCCUGCGAUGCGAUCCGCUUGAUUAA